AUGGACAGAACAAUAGAUCUCAGCCAUGCUAUUUCGGCGUCCAUCCAGCUAUGGAACAACCAUAAUCUCAAUACACCAUAUGUGCCCUCUUUUACAACCGGCGAUAAACUCGAAGGCAUCAUCUCUCUUGUUCCACAGGGCGAUAUUCGUUUGGAUAAUAUUCAGAUAUCUUUCAUAGGGGAGGAAAGCACAAACGUGCGAGGCGCCAACUCCACUAAAGCUUGUCAUCGAUUCCAAAAUAUUACCCACAGGGUCCAAGACUCUGCCCUUCCAGACCCACUUGUCCUCAAGAAGGGUCAUAAGUUCGACUUCUCUUUCUGUUUCGACGUCUCUGAUUACCUUCCGCCAUCAUCAUGUCAACACCAUACCACCAGCCAGCUGGUCAAAGCAGCUCAUCUGCAACUUCCACCAAGCUUUGGUGACGCCACAGUCUCUGGAUUAGGCGGUAAACUCAAGGAUGAUUUUGCGCCGAUCGGGUGCAAGAUUAUCUAUUUCGUUCAGAUCAAAAUUAACCGGAUGAGCUUGGUUUGCGACAAGCUGGAGACAAUCUUCGUUCGGAAAUUCAAGGUGCGGGUCAAACCGGCACUCGAAGAACAGCCUCCCUUGAAUUUGGAUAAGUUCGGCGAUGAGUUUUGCCUUCAUCGAGAAAAACCAGUUCGUGAGGGCCGUUCCAAGACCCCUCAAGGCACGCUGGCUGUGACUCUGGAGCAACCCAAAGCUUUUUGGCUUCCACUCCGAGACCCUUAUAGUACUGUCAGUCGGGCUAUCAGGUUGUUUCUCCGAUACACACCAACAGAUAGUAACGAUACGACGCUUCCCAACCUCAAGUCCUUGCGUGGGCAGCUGACUGGCACGACUCUCUUUACGACCAGCUUUCACGACGACAUACCGACCAAAAGGAAAGACCUUCUCGGACGGCCGCUGAACUUUGAAGACACGAUAUUCCCAUCGUUCACACUUAAUAUUCCAACACCACAAUGGUCACAAGAUGAUACAGGCUGCUACACUACGACGCUACUGGUUCCUCUGUGGCUGCCCCCUGAGAACUUCAUCAUAACCUUCCACUCAUGCUUGAUGUCCCGCAUGUACACAAUCCACUUCCGUCUUGCAGUCAGCAAUACGGCCACAUUCUCUCUGAAAGCUCCAGUGGAUAUCAUCGCUCAGCGUGACUCGUCCGUUCUCCCGUCAUACAAUGCGUCUGUUGGGCUUGUUGACGAUAUUUGA